AUGGGAACAACUCACAGUCAUGAAACAGCAACGGCCGUUCUUGGCCACAACCAAACUGCGCAUAAGUCGUACAAGUCAGCUGCUAUCCCACCUCUGCAGGGGCCCAAAGAAUCAGACGAAGCACCGUGCCCUCUUCCAACAGUUUGCCCGGGCAAGAUAAAGUUGAAUGGCCUGGCUGCAGGGGACGUCACCACUUGCUGCACGACAACCUGCAACAGCAGCCUUAGUGGAGUCAGCGCCAGCCCAGAGACAUGCUCAACCGGCUUCGGUGUAAGUGCAAAUGCUGUCACCAUUACGCUAAGUAGCGGCAGCCCUCUUCAGCGCAGUGACAGUGCCCUGGCGGUGAGCAGCAUAGCAGACCAGAGUCCACGAGCAUUCAGUGCCGUCCCUGAGUUGGACGAUGUAGAAGCAAACGCCACUCGGGCAGCAACGAGAAACAAUAGGUGGAGCUACCGAAACCCCCGUGUGCAGGGAUUCCUGAAAACCCUUAGGCGAGGGGCUAUUCGUUCGUCUUCGCAGCCGCCACCUGGCAGCAGAAGUCAUGCGCAUCCUGACGUCUUAGCUGCAGCCAACGAAAGAGCCUCAUUUGCCGCUGCUCUGCAUGCCCACAUCCUCAGAGAAGAGGAAGAACAUCGCCGCAGGCAGAACAACAGCAACCUGCCGAAGUCGAACUCUGAAAUAUCCACUCCGCAGACUCAGCUUCGGUGCUUGUCCCCCCCGGAGCUUUUCGAAGAUAAUCAUAGCUACGUGCCGCCUUCCGGCUACAGAGCUAAAAUUGCCACCAGCUGGAGGUCGUCUCUGGAAGACAAUGAAGCGACGUUCUCGCUCGAAGGUGCUGAAACACAAGAAAUCAAACGUUCGGGUCAAGGGGUUGUGCGUACAGUAGGUGGGCGUCGAGCCUUGGAGCCGUCGUACCGCGGGGGUGUAACCGCCAGCCGGUGGAUAGCUGACGUGCCGACGAAUGGAAGAUGGGAAAUGGAGAGAGGGGAGUGGAACCGUCAAGGGGUUCAUUUAAACCACCUGGGUGUUGUAGAUGAACGAUUUAAAGCGCUUGCAGCAACGCGACGGUUGUCGCCACGGCAUCACGCUACGCAGCCGCAAGGCUGGUGCGGGGCGAUGGGCCAGGACCCAGAAGCCCCUCUUCCACAACCGCGUAGGGUUCCCAUCGCGCCGCUGGCGGGGCGCCUGCAAGAGAAUCAGCAACGACUCUUGCAAUGGGGGCACCAAGUGGUGCCCGUGACACACAGAGGAGUUGCAGCAGCCACGACAAUUGAGCUGGCCAGGAUCAGGCAUGCGAAUGAAGAAAAGCGGAGACAGCAGCACAGUCUCAUUGCCUCCCCUGAGCCAGAGCAGGGCAUGCCUGCUGCAACUGGCAUUCAUCGGAAACAACUUGGAGUCACUUGCAGUGCUCACCCAUUCUCGACAGGUAAGGAUUUGCUAUGCCUGUGCUCUGUUCAGGAGACGACACAGGCAGUAGAGAGCCAUGCCAUGCUGGUGGUGGAAAUGAAGCCGUUCUGCUUUGGAGAACUUGUGUAUGUAACAGGCAGAGAGGAAGGAAAGCACGACUGUGCCAUGGGGAGCGGACCGACCUCAACAAGAAAUUUAGCGUUGCAUGGGAGAGGCCCGACAGAAACUUCAGUGCCAGCCCAUUGCUUUUGCCAGGCUUUCACACCAAGAGAAAGAUACAGCGGCAGAUGCCUCCCUAGUACCAGGGAAACUCCAACGCUGCUGGAGGCGGGAGGUUGCCGCGAGGCAAGGAAAUCGAGCUGCUCGGAUUCCGCCCCUGAACUGCCCGUGUCCGGUUGCGAACAGCAAAGGCAGCAGGUUCGUUCCAUUCCUGCGACAAACGUUUCUUAG